CCGCGGCGGCUUGUGGGGGGCGGGGCUGCGUGGCGCGCGCAUGCCAGGGGGCCGCGUGCGGGGUCCGUUGGUGAGCGACGAAUUAUGGCGACAAAGUGGACUGCAGGGGAUUUAAAUCCAGUGCUGUGCCUGGAUGUUAACAGUGAAGGCCUUGUGGCAUCAGGGGCAGAGAAAGGAGUGCUUACAAUCUGGAACAGCCAAGGUGGUGCAAUCAAUCAUCUGAAUUUAGGAGACGGUGAUGCUGUCACAUGUGUGUCAUUCUCGCACAAUCAUUCCAACAUCCUGUAUGCAUCUCACAGUGAAACAGUCAGUGUAUUAGACAUUCGGGCUUUUGAGGAACCCUCUGAUUGCUUCCAUGUGAACGAGGAUGAGAUAAACUGCUUGUCUGUCAAUGAAACAGGCAGCCAUCUCGCUGCUGCAGAUGAUUCUGGAUCAAUAAAAGUCAUAGAGUUGGCAAGCAAGAAGGUCAGCCGCUCUUUACGGAGACAUUCAAAUAUUUGUUCCUGUGUGACCUUCCGACCUCAAAGGCCACAGAGUUUACUCUCCUGUGGAUUAGAUAUGCAGGUGAUGCUGUGGAACUUGCAGAAAACCCGCCCUCUUUGGACUGUGAAUCUUCAGGACCUGGCGCGAGAAGAGAUGGAAGAAAUGCAGCAGGGAGCAGGGUGUCAGCUUUUCAAUCCACCACUGGCCCACUUCACAACAGUUGCCAGUUGUGGCAACAUAUUUGCCUGUGGGGCUGAAGAUGGCAGGAUACGGUUAUUCAGAGUGACUGGAACAAGAUUUGAGUUGGAAUAUGGGUUCCGUGGUCAUAGUUUAGGUGUUUCCCAAGUUCAUUUUCUGAACUCUCUUUCUCAUCCAUAUUGGCUGAUUUCAGGAGGGAAUGAUGCAAAGGUCAUGCUAUGGGACGUCAGUGAGCAAAUCAAAACUGAUGUCAAAGGCCCUUUAAAAUCAUUUGGGAAAAAAUCAGCUAGCUCCACUUUUAAGAAGGGCCUUGGGGUUGGAAGAAGUGACUGUGGUGCAAAAAUCUGUAAAGAAAAUAAAACAAAUUCCAUUUUGCCAAAACUCAGUAUUGACCAUGGAGAAAAAGUGAACUGGAUUUCUGCUGUAGACAUAAAAGGCUCAAAGUAUAUACUAGUUGCUGACCAAACUUGUCAGAUAUCAGUAUAUCCUCUUUCAGGCUUAUAGAUUGCAGUGUCUGAUCAUUUUCAAGUGAUAGUGUCUGUUUUAGGUAAGGAAAGAAUAUAAGCCAAAAUCAUUGAGGGUUCUUGUGAUACAGUGGUUUGUCCCCGUUUCUGGGCCACAAGGUUGGGUUCAAGUCCCACCUGAUCAGAAGUGUGUCAUGACAUGUCUGAACAGGUUGAUUAACAAUAUCUAAAAUUAAACCAGUAGAGUUCCAGCAAAAUUUGGGGAUGUUUUAGUUGAAACCCAGAUAUUUUUGUGAAAUUUGAGGGCCACCAAUGUGUAUUUUCUUAUCAGUGGGUUUGAUAUAUUAAUACUUUCACAAUGGCUUAUAUGAUUUAAAAGCCUGUUAGAAUAAUCCAACAAACAAUAGUCUCUCAAAUUGGCAAAAUUGCGUUCUUUCAAUUCAUGGAAUCAAUUCAUAAAAGAUAAUUAUGCAGGUUUUUAUUUAAUUUUAUAUCUUGGGAGUACGUAAAUGUAUUUGGCGUUUAACAAUCUUUUAGAAGGUCCCUUUGAGAGCACUAGGAGGGGGCCUCUUCAAACUGAGAAUGCUGAAAAGGGGACUAACAGGUCAUUGGGAAUAUUUCCCUGGAAUCGGAAGCAAUAGUUAUAGCUCUGUGAUCAGAACACUGAAAAUGUGAACUAGAAGCUUUGGAAUACUGAGGAAGGCUUCAAAUAAUAUUAAGGAGGGAUGAUUCUGGAAUCCAGCUGGACUGGACAGGAUAUUUUGGUGUAUUGAGGAUUACUAAUUUAUGACAUUAUUCAGUAAUCAAGGUUUUUUCCUGAAAUAUUUUAAGAUCAAAAAUUAUUAAUGACCGACUUCUCUAACUGAAACUACAACAUCAAUUAAAAUGGUUAGAAUAUCCUUUGUUGAGAACUAGCCCUCAAUUAAAAAUGCAAUUAUGGGUGCUGAUUAAUGUUUUUAGAGAACAGUUUAUCAUUGACCAUGAAGCAGUAUACUGCAGUUGCUGAAAAAUUGAAAUAAACUGCUGGAAAAAUCUCCAGGUAACAUUUGCAUAGCAAGGAAAUAGGUGUAAUCUUAAAUCAGAUUUGGGAAAUGGUUGAUAUGUAAUAGGUUUUCAGCUAGAGGUGAGUGGAACAAAGACCAAAAGAGGCUCUGUGAUAGGGUGAAAGACAGGAGAAAUCAACUAAUGCGUAAGUUAGUACUCCAGAGCCAAAGGGUAAGGCCUUUGAGGUACAGGUACAGUGAUCAAUGUAUUUCUGGGGGGGGGUGCGGUGUGGGGAACAAAUUGAGAGAGGAGACUGUGUAGGACUAAAAUAAAUCAAUACAUCAUCCAAAUGGGAAAGGCAUAUCUAGGACCCUUUCUUCUUUUCAAGGAUUUAAAGGCAUUGAUGGAGAUUAGGAUUGAGAACAAGUUCAGCCAAGCAGAUGGUGGUGGUAGCAGAUGGGAAUUGAUUCGUCCACUGUCAAGAAGAGGUGAAGUCCCCUCUCGCUAUCAUGGUAGGAGUGAUGCAGAGGGAUCGGAUAUCCAUGAUGAAGAAAGGACAGAGUGAGGAAAUUGGAACUACAGAGCCAUAGAGAGCAUCAGAAGAGUAAUAGGUGUAGAUAGUGAGUCUGAAUAAUGGGAGAAAAAUAGUCGAGAUAAAAAGUAAUUAGUUCAUUGGGGUAGGAACAGCCUGAAACAAUAAAUCUUUAAGGGCAGUCCAAUUAAUAGACCUGCAAAAGAAAGUAGAAGUGAUCUGUACGGUGUUAGGGAACUGUCGGGUGGGAAGGUGUGGUUGGAAGAUCCACUCCAUCAACAUAGAAUCUGACAUGCAAAUAUAAGCAAUGUAAUACUUGUCUUUUUACUUUGUCUUUCCUCCUCAUUUAAGGUUCUACACGUUCGUAGGUAAAAUAUGAUUUAUGUGAACACCUUUUCACUCCAGUUUACUGUAUUCCCUGCUCACAAUGUAAUCUUCUUCAUACUUGGGAGAUCAAAUGAAGUUUGUGAGACUGCUUUGCUGAACACCUCUGUUCUGUCUGCAAAUGUGAUCAUAAAUUUCCAUUGUUCUGUCAUUUUAAUUCAUGCCUUUGCUUUUAUGCUGACAUUUCUGCCCUUGGUCUACUCUACUGUUCCAGUGAGGCCCAACUUCAGUUUCAGAACUGCCACCCCCACUUUUGCUUAGACACUUUAGCCUUCUGGACUCAAAUUUCAGUUCAAAUAUUUCAGACCAUAUACUCUGUUCCGGUUUUGUUUCUUUGUUUUUGUUUUUAUUUCAGUUAACAGUUUAUUCAAAGCUGAUGGUUUGUUUGUUUCUUGCUCCAUCACUAUUCCCUUUGACCUGCAAGGACAACUCUUAUGUCAGUCAAUCUUUCUUUGUCUUUGCACCUUAUCAAAGAUUUCACUGUGUCCCAUCUAGCCCUUGGUUAAGACCUAUUAUAUCUCGUAAGUUUGCAGAGGACUGAUGAAAGAUCACAACUUUGGUUCUAUACACUGAUCUGCUUAAUCUUGAGAUAUUUAUCCUGAAUGUUUUUUUUUGUAAUUUAUAAUCAUUGCAUUUAUUAACCUAUAAACCUAUAAAAUUGAGAACUCAUUCUUGUAAUUCUUUCAAAUCUGUUUUUGGGAAUAAGACGACCUGGAAUAGUCCCAGCACAAGAGGACACAUUGUUUUCCUUCACCUCAUGUUGAUCCAUAGUCUUUGCAAUGGGAAAUUUAAUAAACUGCAUAUGCUAAGUGUACAUAGUUGGACUUUUCCAAAAGCUAUUAUCAAGGACAAUUAUCUGGUUGAAACCAACGGUUUUGAAACCUGCUAGGAUUUUGAAGUAAACGCUUGGUGCAAAUAAAGCUUGAGAUUAGAAACUACAUAA